AUGGCAUCUUGCACAAAAGCAAUCGAUGAUAAACGUGAGAUUGGAGAGAAAGACACCAAAAGCGACGACUUUGACCCCACCCAUACUCCCGUGGACCAGGGCACCCAAAUUCUCUACAAUGCAGAAAUCAACAAAAACGGAAUCAGACUUCACCCUCAGCCGACUGCAGACUCCCUAGAUCCAUUAAACUGGUCAAGCCUUCAAAAACAUGGCAUACUAUCUAUCGUUAUGUUAAAAUAUUUCCUAUUCACAUACCUCACGACCACCACAGUUCCAUCAUUUACAGCGAUUCAAGAUCAAUACUCGAUUAGCUAUUCGCAAGUCAACUGGACAGUCGCCGUACCGGCAUUAGGGUUAUCCGUCGGACCACUCAUAUGGUCAUCGCUUGGUGAUACCUAUGGUCGAAGGGUGGUUUUCUUAGUCGGAACAAUCAUAUCACUGGUCUCCACCAUUGGCGCUGCGGUAGCUGAUACCUAUUCUGGAUAUAUGGCUGCUCGCUUCUUCCAAGGAUUUGGGGUAAGCCCAGCUUCUAUAGUCGGAAUGGCAGUCGUGAACGAUCUGUUCUUUGAUUACGAGCGUGGUCAGAAGCUUGGAUUGUGGGUUCUAGCACUUGAUUCCGGUCUGCUUCUAGGUCCUACCUUUGGCGGCUUUUUGGACCUCGUGAGUGCCUCAUGGAUACAUUGGUUCAACGCAAUCCUCUUUGCGUUAUUACUACUCCUCGAACUUUUCUUCAUGCCAGAGACCCUUUACCCCCGCAUCAAGAUGCUUCAGCAAAUGCCUCGUCUUGAUGGUACCAAUGCAUUUCCGAGUGAUAUUGAAAAGCAAAUAAAAGGAGAUGACACGGCUAUGUCCAUGUUUCCGGCAGAGACCUUAUUACCAGAGCUACGCAGGACAAAGAACCUACCAUUCAUCAAUUGGCGCCCUAUCCCCGGCAUGCACCAUCCCAAGCCGUGGGACUCAAUCACUCGGUUUGUAUUGACGUUUCAAUUACCCGUAGUAGUUAUCGCAGUUGUUGGAUACUGCUUCGCCUGGUAUUGGUGGGUUUUAUCUGUUAUCACGAUGAUACCGGCAGCUUACCCGACCUACACACCUCUUAUCCAGGGACUGUUGUUCCUUGGACUGUUCCUUGGGACCUUUCUCUCGGAAAUUGGAUGUUCUGGACGAUUAAGUGACUUUAUUGUCGAGAAGUUGUCGAAAAGGAAUGGCAAUAUCCGCGUUCCAGAGAUGCGAUUGUGGUUGGCGUACCCGGCUAUAUUGAUCAGCACUGUUGGAUUAGUCGUCUGGGGUGUUAGUAUCGACAAAAGCUAUCACUGGAUAGUAGGCCAGGUGGCAUUAUUCCUAUUUGCGGCUGGUAUCCAGAUAGGCAAUACUGUAACUACUAGCUACAUUGUUGACUGCUACCCAUUACAGACGACGAGCGUUGUCACUUUCUACGCUGUAUUUUUGAACCUGAGUGCUUUUAUCAAUCCGUUUUUCAUCGCCCCCUGGCAAGAGUCUUCUGGUUGGACCUGGACAUUUACUGCCCAAGGACUUAUUGUACUUGCUGGCGGGUGUCUGGUAUUUGGUGUUCUGCAUAAGUUUGGGGCUUGGAUGCGUGCAAAAGCACCACAACCUUCAUGGGUCAAUCCGGAGUUUGAUAUGGACCCUUGA